AUGAAAGCACUUCUCGGUUCUCUAGAUCUUUGGGAUUUAGUUAAAACUGGAUACCAGGAAUACACAGAGCAAGAAGAAGCUGCAUUAAUUAUAGCACGACGAAACGAUUUGAAGAAUUUAAGAAAGAAGGAUAAAAAUGCGCUCUUCUAUCUUUACCAAGCAGUAGACGAGUCGACGUUUGAGAAAAUUGCCGAAGCAACUUCGAGCAAAGCAGCAUGGGAUAUUCUUGCCACCGUUUUUACAGGAGAUGACAAAGUAAAGCGGAUUCGUCUACAAAAACUUCGAGCGGAAUUCGAAGCAAUCCGAAUGAAGGAGUCCGAAAGUGUCGCGGACUAUGUUUCUCGCAUUUUGGUAAUUGCCAACCAAAUGAAGCGAAAUGGAGAAGAACUAAAUGAUGAACGAGUUGUAGAAAAGGUUCUUCGUUCCCUCACAUCAAAGUUUGAGCAUAUUGUUGUCGCCAUAGAAGAGUCAAAAGAUAUCAGUACUCUUUCUAUCGACCAAUUGACAGGAUCGCUCCAAGUGCAUGAGCAAAGACUACAAAAGAUGUCUGAAGAAGAGUCGACUGAGCAGGCUCUCAAGUCAAAAUUGAAACUUGAUAAUAGAAAAGGCAAAAAUCAUGGAGAAAAUAAUUAUAAUAGAUAUAAGAAUCAAAAGAGAUAUCACAAUGACCGACAGAAUAGGAACAACAGUGGUCGCUAUUCACGACAUGAAUAUGGACCAAAAAGAGGCGGACGAAAUAACAAUCGCCCAGGGUCUUAUGGUGGUGCAAGAUCAAAUGUACAAUGCUAUAAUUGUAAAAAAUAUGAUCACUACAGCAAAGAUUGCUGGUAUAAGAAAACUGAAGGACUGAAUCACUACAUCGACAGUUCAAUAGAAGAUGAAGUUGCAGAAACAUCACUGUUACUUGCAAGUCAAGAUGAAGUUAAAGAUCCAGAAUAUGUAUGGUUUCUGGAUUCCGGUGCUUCAAAUCAUAUGUGUGGAAGUAGAGAACUAUUUGUUGAAAUGGAUGAAAAUGUUGAUGGCAAUGUGAAGUUUGAUGAUUCAUCCAAAGUACCUGUUAAAGAAAACAGAAAAAUUAUGUUUACAUCAAAAAAUGGUGAAGAAUUUAUGAUUAACUUGCAGAAUGAACAAGCAAAUUGGUUGAAUAAGAUUCAACAAGAAAGAGAAGAAUUUAAAAGGGAUAUUGAAAUUCAGAGGAAAGAAAUACAGAAUUCUAUUAAUCAAAGGGCGGCGGAAAUUGAGACUUCUUUAAGAGAUAAAGAGGAAGAAUUUGAGCAAAAAAAAGCUAAAGAACUUCAGUAUACAACUUCUCAAAAGGAUAUAAUUAAAAUGCAGCUAGAACAUAUAGCAUCGCAGUUGGAGAUGCUCGCUAGUGAGAGAAAGCAGAUUGCUCUUGAUCGCGAACAGAGGGAGAGAGAAUUAUCUGAAAUCAAAAGCUCCAUUGAAUUGCUUAAUAUUCAAAGGAAAAAGCUGCAGGAGCAAANCAAAGGGAAAAGCUGCAGGAGCAAAGGGAGUUGUUGCACAAAGUGA